AUGGCUACCGCCGUCGGUCUUAUGCCUACCGCCGUGGGCAAUCCAAAUAAUCCCGAAGAGAGGCAGGACCUCCCUCGGCCUUACAAGUGUCCCUUGUGCGACAGAGCCUUUCAUCGUCUCGAACAUCAGACCAGGCACAUCCGUACUCAUACUGGAGAAAAGCCUCAUGCCUGCCAAUUCCCAGGAUGCAGCAAGCGUUUCAGCCGAUCCGACGAAUUGACCCGGCACUCGCGCAUCCAUAACAAUCCUAACUCGAGGAGGAAUCAGAAGACUCACCAGGUCGCCGCCGCCGCCGCCCUCGCCGGCCUUCAGGACGGCACCAAUCCCAAUUUUGCAGCCCAAGCACAGAUGUUGCCUCCUCCCAACAAGGCCAGCAUGCCACGAUCCGCACCCACAUCCGCCGCUGGCUCUCCCAAUGUCUCACCACCUCAUUCUUUCGCCAUCCAGGCUGGCCAUAAUUCCCAUGGCCCAUCUCACCUGAGCCCAUUUGGCCGCAUCGAUGACAGGGGAAACUCAAUGGACAUCAAUCUCCUCGCCACUGCUGCUUCCCAAGUAGAGAGAGACGAACAUGUUACGAGAGUUCCUUAUCAGCAUCAACAUCAUCUCUUCAGCCAUCGCAAUUAUAAUAGCAAUGGGCGUCUACCAUCGCUUUCAGCCUAUGCUAUUUCUCACUCUAUGUCGAGAUCUCACUCUCAAGAGACUCAUGAGGAUGAUCACCGAACGAAAAGAUCGAGGCCAAACUCCCCUCAUUCGACAGCCCCAUCUUCUCCGACUUUCUCGCAUGAAUCAAUAUCGCCAACACCCGACCAUACACCACUCGCUACUCCUGGUCAUUCUCCACGUCUUCGUCCGCAUGGUAGCGAUCUCCAGCUACCUGGCCUUCGACACCUCUCACUGGGACACACUCCGUUGCUAGCACCGAUGGAGCCUCAAGCAGACGGAUCAUAUACCCAUAUUCCCCCCCCACAGCAUACUGGCCCUUCCAUUGCGGAUAUUGUUACUGGCACUCAGCGAAAACUACCAGUUCCGCAACUUCCUAAAAUUGGAUUGUCAGAUAUGCUCAACCCACCAAGUGGUCUGAGUUCAGGGGAAUCUAGCAAAGCCGCCUCUAUCAACGGCGACAUGGCAAGAUGA